AUGCGUUUCUUCACUGUCUCCGUUCUUGCCACCGCCGUCUCGGCCCACGGCGUUGUCAUGUCUGUUGAGGGCGCCAACGGUGUCUCCAUGCCCGGCCUGAGCAUCGCGGAUGGAACCCCUCGUGAUUGCUCCAGCAACAGGUGCGGCUCUCAGGCCGACACUUCCAUCAUCCGUGACCGCGAGAUUCGCAGCGGUGAAGCCAGUGCCCUUGGCCGGACCCAGGGCAAUGGUCCCGUUGACGCUUCCGUCAUGAUCUCCAACUUCCUUGGUACUGGCGGCAACGUCCCAACCAACAAUGGCUCCUCCGAGAGUGUGGGAGUUGAGGAUAACUUGUCCAACCUGCCCGGCGCGCGAAAGCACCGCCGACAGCUUGGCAACCUCCUGGGCGGUCUCUUUGGAGGCGGUGCCGCAGGAAGGGGUGGCGACAAGAACGAUGGCCCCCCCGAGGCUCGUGUUGCAGCCUCUGCCGGCGACGGUGCUUCCUCUGGCCUUCCCACCGCGUCGGAUGAUGGUGAAGUGACACUCACCUACAGACAGGUCAACCAAGAUGGCGCUGGCCCCAUGACCGCCGACAUCGAUGCUACAUCUGGCGGCACCGACCCGGACGCCUUCCAGUCGGCUGAGGUCACCCAGGACGUCCCCGGACUCGGUAUCCAGGGCCUGUCUCUGGCCACAAACACCGACUUCCCCCUCAAGGUGCGCAUGCCCGAGGGAAUGACCUGCGAGGGCAGCGUUGGAGGCGCCGAGAAUGUCUGCAUCGUCCGUGUUCGCAACGGCGCGGCUGCUGGUCCCUUUGGCGGUUCUGGUGCCUUCACACAGUCUGCUGCUGCGCGCAAGCGGGCCUUUGCCUACCGUCUCAAGAAGCGCAUGGAGAUUGCCCGCAAGAACUAG